CCUCCUCCCGCCCGCAUGGGUGUGUGCCCCUUCCAGGCUGGCGGGAAGGCUGGGAAGGACUCCGGAAAGGCGAAGACAAAGGCGGUUUCCCGCUCGCAGAGGGCUGGCUUGCAGUUCCCCGUGGGCCGUAUUCAUCGGCAUCUGAAGUCCCGGACAACGAGCCACGGGCGCGUGGGAGCCACCGCCGCCGUGUACAGUGCGGCCAUCCUGGAGUACCUGACUGCGGAGGUUCUGGAGCUGGCAGGAAAUGCAUCGAAAGACUUAAAGGUGAAGCGCAUCACCCCUCGCCACUUGCAGCUUGCCAUUCGCGGGGAUGAAGAGCUGGACUCUCUUAUUAAGGCAACAAUUGCUGGUGGUGGUGUGAUUCCACACAUCCAUAAAUCUCUGAUUGGAAAGAAAGGACAACAGAAGACUGUUUAAAGGAUGCCUGGAUUCCAUGUUAUCUCAGGACUCUAAAUACUCUUGACAACUGUCCAGUGUUGGUGAUUUCCAGUGGACUGUAUCUCUGUGAAAACCACAAUUUUGCCUUUUUGUAAUUCUAUUUUGAUUAAGUUGGAAGCUUUCUUAGCUUUCCAGCCAACCAAAUUUCUGCAUUGAAGUCUUAACCAUAUUUAAGUGUUACUGUGGCUUCAAAGAAGCUAUUGAUUCUGAAGUAGUGGGUUUUGAUUGAGUUGACUGUUUUUAAAAAUCUGUUUGGAUAUUAAUUGUGAUGCAGAAGUUAUAGUAACAAACAUUUGGUUUUGUACAGACUUUUAUUUCCACUCUGGUGGAUAAGUUCAAUAAAGGUCAUAUCCAAAACAA